AUGGAUGGACUGUGUCUGGAAGGCUUUAACAAAGACGCAAAGGAGAUGAGUGGAUUCGAAGUCCAACAGUCUGGUUUGGGGAGGAGGGAGCGGCGCGAGUACCCACCGAGUCUGGCACUCAUGGACAGCAGUGACCCACGCGCCUGGCUCGCUCCCGUACAGCCUGGCACCUGUGCGCCACACGCCGACUACCUGCUGCACUCGCCCGGCUCAAGUGUGGAAGGCGUGUCUCCACCAGCGGGUCACCUCUCCAACUUUAGGAAGAACUCCAAGAGUCCUGUCAAAGUGCGUGAGUUGUGUCGACUCAAGGGCUCGCUGACAACGGACGACGGAAGGCAAAGAGCUCCGUCCAGCGAAACGACCAACGUGGUGCAAAAAAAGAGACGCUCGGCCGCCAACGCACGGGAACGGCGGCGUAUGCACGGACUGAACCACGCCUUUGACGAGCUACGGAGCGUCAUCCCGGCAUUCGACAACGAAAAGAAGCUCUCCAAAUACGACACUCUGCAGAUGGCUCAGAUCUACAUCAACGCUCUCUCCGACCUUCUGGAGAGUCCAGGUGCUAAAGUAGAUUCGCCAAACCGCAGUUUGUCUGCCACCGUCUACGAGGGGGACAACACUCCCAGGGGAUCGCCGACAACCAGGGUUUUCCCUACCCAGCUAACCGGAAUGCCAUUCCCCUAUGAGGAUGCAUCAUUCGCCUCUUUCAUGGAACAAAACAUGCAGUCACCUACGGGGACCUUGAAGUCCGAAUCCGAGAACAGUAAAGACACACCACGGUCGAACCGAAGCGAUGGAGAGUUUUCCCCCCAUUCUCACUUUAGCGACUCGGAUGAGACUCACCUUGAGCUUCAGAGCGAAGACGAACUGUCAGAACUGAAACUUCCACCAUGCAUACUAACACGUUAAAACAGACUUUACUUAAGUUGUGUCAAUCAUAUGUGGAGUUGGCAUAUACAUUUCAAUAGUUUGCUUUAUGACAGCUGAUAUGAUGGUGUAUCAGAUUUAUAUUAAAUAGCCUUGAGAUAAAUGUUAUUUUUAAGGUAUUGUUCCGCCAAUAGAAUUUAUGCGCCUCUUGGUGACAUUGAUAGGACCCCUCUGCCAUGUCGACUGCCAUGGGCUCUCAAAUGUCAUACAAAAACAUGUCUUCCAAGAAAAAAAGAAAAAAAGCCUGAUUUUGUCUAUGUAUACUUGUAAUUAUG